GGUUCUCACACACAUUGCCCUCAAUGGCAAUGCUCACUGCCCACUGCUGAUUUUCACGCACAUCGUGGUAUGUUUUCUUUUCAAAUGUGAAUCGUGCUAUUUAGUUAAUUUAAAUAAAUUAAAAUUUUAUAAUUAAAGUUAAAUAAAACAUUUUAAAAAAUGACGGAGAGUAACGAAGAAAAUGAUUGUAUUAUUUUCAAUACAAUUUCUGAUUUGAAAAAAAUCAAUGUUGAAGUUGCUGGGCCAGUGGUUCUCCAUGCAAUUGGUCAUACCACGCGACUUAAAACACGUUUUGAAAGAGGUUCAGCACUUAACAAGACACCAGAAUCUUCUGACAAUGAAGAUGAAGAAGAAGCUGUUAUUGAAGAUGAUCUUGAUUACCUGAGAUCACUUGAUCCAAAAGAAUGGAAAAAUCAAGAUCAUUAUGCUGUUUUGGGACUCAAAAAAUAUAGAUAUGAAGCAAGUGAAGAUAUGAUUAAGCGUGCUUAUAAACAAAAAAUAUUGAAACAUCAUCCAGAUAAACGCAAAGCUAUGGGUGAAGAAAUACGAGGAGAUGAUGAUUAUUUUACUUGCAUAACACGUGCCUGGGAACAGUUGGGUACAGCACCAAAACGACGCAGUUAUGAUAGUGUUGAUCCAUUUUUCAGUGAUGAUAUACCUGAUGAAAAAGAUGCUAAAAAUAAAUUUUAUGAUGUUAUGAAUAAAGCAUUUGAAUACAAUUCAAGAUGGUCAAAUAAAAAACCAGUACCAAAAUUGGGUAAUGCUGAAACACCAAGAAAAACAGUUGAACGUUUUUAUUCAUUUUGGUAUGAUUUUGAAUCAUGGCGUGAAUAUUCAUAUGAAGAUGAAGAAGAUAAAGAUAGUGCACAAGAUCGUGAAACACGUAAAUGGAUUGAAAAAAAAAAUAAACAAACAAGAGCUAAACGAAAAAAGGAAGAAAUGAGUAGAAUAAGAUUACUUGUUGAUACAGCAUAUAAUUUAGAUCCUAGAAUAAAACAAUUUCAUCAAGAUGAUAAAGAUAAAAAAACAGCAGCAAAACGUGCUAAACAAGAAGCAGCAAGAGCAAGACAAGUUGAAGAAGAUAGAAUAACACGUGAAGCAGCUGAAAAAGAACGUGAAGAAAAAUUAAAACGUGAAACUGAAGAAAAAUUAAAACAAAGUAUUUUAAAACAAGAACGUGAAACAUUAAAAAAAGCAUUAAAAAAAGAAAGAAAAGCAUUACGUGAUAUAUGUAAAACUUCAGCAUAUUUUUCAAAUUGUCCAACAGAAAGUAUAAGACAUAUGGAAUUUGUUGAAAAAUUUUGUGAAACAUUUAAAUUAAAUGAACUUGAAUUAGCUGUUAAAGCACUACGUACUGAUGGAAGAACAGCAUUUUUACAAUUAAUUGCUAAUACUGAAAAUAAAAAAGAACAAACAAAUCAUGUUGAAAUAAUUAAUAAUUCAUUAGAAAUGAAAAAUAAUAUCAAUGAUAAACAACAAAAUAAAAAUAUUGAUUGGUCAGAGCAUGAUUUACAAUUAUUAAUAAAAGCUGUUAAUUUAUUUCCAGCUGGUACAGUACAACGUUGGGAAGUUGUUGCUAAUUUUAUAAAUCAGCAUACAAAUAAUGGUAUAACAAGAGAACCAAAAGAUGUCUUGGCAAAAGCUAAAGAUUUACAAUCAACUGAUUUUAGUAAAUCAAGUCUUAAAGAAUCAGCAAAUAAAAAAGCAUUUGAUAAUUUUAUUGCUGAAAAAAAAACUAAAGAUGCUGUUGAAGAAAGAAUGCCAGCUGUUACUGAACGUUUAGAUCCACCACCAGCAACAACAACACCAACACCAGCAGCAACAACAAAAAUUAUCCCACCAACAGUAACACCAACAAUACCAACAACAAAUAAUAAUCAUUGUAAUAAACAAAAUGAUACAACAACAACAACAAAUGACAUAAUAACUGAAAUAACAGAUGAUGUAUCACAAAUACAAAUUGAUAAACAACAAGAACAACCACAAGCAUGGACACCAUUUGAACAAAAUUUACUUGAACAAGCAUUAAAAACUUAUUCAUCAACAACUGGUCCAGAAAAAUGGGAUCUUAUUUCAGCCUGUAUUCCAAGUAGAACAAAAAAAGAUUGUAUGAAACGUUAUAAGGAACUUGUCAAGUUAUUCAAAGACAAAAAAGCUGCCCAGACUGGAAAACAAUAAAUUUUCUUAAAUAACAAGGUAUUUUAGAACAUGUGUAAAAUAGUAGGAGUAAACUGACAAAUACACCACCGAGUUUCUCACUCAUAAUGUGGGUGUUGCGUGUGUGGGGACAAUAAGUGUAUUGAUUAUGUUGAUCAAUCAUGAUCAACACUUUUCAAUUUUAUCGAUAAACCCAAUUUUAAAAAAUUCACAGAACUUGUAUUUUUAAAUUCAGAUAUAAUUUCGAAAAAAAAAAAACAAAAAGAAACAUAAAAAUAACUAAGUAACAAACACAAAUAUAAUCAUUGCUUAUUUUUCCUCUGUUUUUUUUUUUUGGUUUUUUUUUCCUCGUUAUUUAUUAUCUUUCAAUACUAAUCAUUCAAAAAAUUUAAAUCUAAAAUACACAGUUAAAUUGUUUGUAAUUAUACUAUAAUAAACGUUAAAAUCGUAAUUUCGUACAUUUUAUUUACAAAUUUUUUUUACAAUCAUUCAGGCCACUUAUUUUUACAUGAAAAAUAAAUUAAAUCAAUUAUCAAAAUAACAUGAUUAAUAUGAUUAAUUGCAUUGAAUAAAAAAUUUGAUUUAAAUGACAAACUAUUAUGAAUUUUUAAAUUGUCUUAUUAAUUUUACGUUAUUUCUUUAUUUUUUUUUUUUUAAAUAUACUUCAUUUCUACCAACUUUUUAUUCAAUAAUAAUAAUAAUUACUUUUUUUAAUUAGUAUUAUUAGUAUUACAAUAAUAAUAAUUAAUUUUAUUCAUUCACAAUUUUAUGAAAUAUUAAUUUUUUCAUUUUUCUAAAUCAAUUGAUUUAUUUUCGAAACAUUUUUUUUUUUUCUUUAUAAACAAUUGUAUGGUAAAUUUAUUUACAAUACAGACAUUUAAUUGGCCAAGUAAUUGAAAAUAUUUAAUUAUAUUAACUGUAAAUCUAUUGUUUUUUUUUUUUUUUUUGUUUAAAAAAGUUUUUUCUUGAUGAUAAAUUUAACAGAAAAACAGGGAUAAAAAUUAAAUUAAUUUUAUCAACAGGCACUCAAUUACGACAUUUAUAAAUUGCUAUUAAUUUUUUUUUUUUUUUUCUUUUUGUUAUUGUUUAUUAUUAUUUUUUUUGGUGCAGUAACUCGAUGGAUAUUUGUGAGGAAUUAUUGUUGAAUGUUUUAUUACGUCAAGUGCAAUAAUAA